GUACAGUCAGAUGCACAUAAGCUUAUGAGCACACGCAUUCUUUGCUCGUCAGUCCGCGAAGCAACUCGCGACAUUCUUCAAUUCUCAGAGGAGAUCAAGCGGUCCAAAUCCCAAAUUCCGUAGCCGAUGACACCAGCCACGCCCGAUACGCUGGAAGAGGAGAGUCCAGUCGACAUCAGUGCACGACGCUCGAGCGACGCAAUGAAACGAGCACCAUCUGGCCAUGCUACUCACAGCGCUGCUUUGCCAACACGGCCCUUCCACUUUCUGCUUGGCCUGACUUUGUCGUACUCUUCCUUCGUCAUGAACGGUUUGUUGGCCCGCAUCCAUCGAUCGAACUGGUCUGGCGAGCGCGGAGUGGUUCUAAAGGAUGCCGUGCGACUCCUGGCCGAGUUGUACGACGGUCUUGGCGGCGAGGGAGUCGCGGGUCGGAUCUCUGGCGAUUUCACCCCACUAGUGCUGGCUUCCGUCUGCAUCGGCGCUUUGCCCUUGUCAAAUCGAGUCAUGCUUGGUGGAGGCUGCGACAUUGCUGCAGCUGCUCGCGAUAUCGUGAAACGCACCCUCGCAUCAGUGGCUGUCUCGGACUCGCGCACUCUCGUUCGAAGCGCACCUUUGCCUGUCUUCUUGCCUGGCUCGGUCUUUGGAAGCGCUGCGCUUGUGAAGACAAAGGCGGGCUUCUUCUGCACCGUCGACGCCGCCCCUUUGGAAGCUGCACCUGCUGAUUUGGAAGACCCUCCUGCAGUAAAGACGAAUUCCGAUGCCGGCAUCGUCUUUUGCACCCACUUGGACUGUCCCGGCUUGUUGGUGAACUUGGCAGGCUUACGCUGGGUCGACUUUAGGUUUGCUGCUUGUUGCAGCAUACCCUUGAACUCGGCGGCGUGCUCGUUGACCCCACCUUCAGGGCUGGAAGGAGGGCUAUUCAUAGGCGAGCUUGGCGCCGUCACGAAACCAUCUUCAGGUCUAGGUACGCGCUUAAUGAGACUGGUUCUAGAGUCCUUGCCUGACCCGGGCAAGGGCAUGAUUGGGGAAUGGUCAGCAAGGAGCAAGAGUCGCCGCGCCAAGCAACCAACUACUCACUCAGCACGAAUUGCGGAAUCAUGGAGCGGAAUACGAGUCCCCUUCUUUGCACCACAAAGACAUCGCGACUAGCUUCUGCUUGACUUGGGCACAGACCCGCAGACGAGCCUGCUUUAUACGAGCAAUGCGGGUGAGGAUGUGGCGUCACACUACCGUGGAUCGUUCUUCGCAUCAGGGAC